AUGCCUGAGCUCUUCAUGAGCUGGGCAUGUGCCCAGCAGUGUGGCCCAGGAGUUGCUUUCUCCGGCCUUCUUGCAGGAGGUCACUGGAGGGCAGAGGAUGUAGCUGCAGUCAGGACAUGUGGCCGCCAAGAGCGGAAGGAUCGCACUGGGGGCUUCCGCAGUGCAGGGAGCUCCUUGCAGACGACGCCAUCCAACAUUGGUGCUUCCAGCUUCCCAUACCCCCACCCCACACGCUCCUCCCUGAAGCUGCGUGGAGACCUGCUCCUGCUUCUGAACCUUCAAAGUCAACAGCUCCAGGCAAAACCACACAUCCGGGUGGAGGCGGAGUUCGAAGCCUUCUGUGCAGGGGGCCUGGCCCCAGGCUGGAGCCUGACAGUACAGGGACAUGCAGAUACUGGAGAGGACAAGUUUGAAAUCAACUUCUUAACUGACUCGGGAGACAUCGCCUUCCACGUCAAACCCCGAUUCUCCAGCGCCACCGUGAUAGGCAAUGCCUUCCAGGGAGGACGCUGGGGACAGGAGGAAGUGUCCAGCUUGUUCCCACUGACCCUGGGAGAGCCCUUUGAGAUGGAGGUGAGUGCAGAUGCAGAACACUUCCACAUUUACACCCAGGAACACAAGGUACUCCAGUUCCCACAUCGUCACCGGCCACUGGCCACGAUCACCAGAGUGCGGGUACUCAGCGACCAUCGGCUGGCCCAGGUGGAGCUGGCCAAGCGGAGCCUGAGCUGGGGGUAA